ACCCGAGACAACGUGACGUAGACGACUGGCGACGCGUUGUCACUUUUGUUGUUGAUAGAGAUUUUUAUACAGCACGUUGAAGUUUGGACAGGAGCGUAAAAAGGCUGUUUUAUACCCACCUAAAACUACCAACCGCCCCGCUGCGGCGCUGCUCACCUCCCGGUAUCCAGUUCUGAAUGGAGUAGCUGACAUUUAGACACAAAAAGCAGCCAUGUUUCACAACAGUUCACAGAGGAAAUACUGGAUUUUUAGAAACGAGGAUGAACUUGAGCAGAUGAGACAGAAGGCCAAUCAGAAAUUUCGCAACAAGAUACACGAAAGUGGGAAAACUGCUGUGAGCUCGUCCUUCUUCCUGGAGCGUCACGAGGAGGACGUGUUAUUCAGGCACUAUGAGAAGAGGAUGCUGGACUUCUGUAACGCGUUCAAACCUGUGAUGCCAAAAUCUGUAGUGGGUACAGCCAUUAUGUACUUCAGAAGAUUCUACCUAAACAACUCCAUCAUGGAGCAUCAUCCCAGGAUUAUUAUGCUGACGUGUGCAUACCUGUCAUGUAAAGUGGAUGAGUUCAACGUGUCCUGCAACCAGUUUGUGGGCAAUCUCCUGCAGGAGACUCCAGCAGGGCAGGAAAGGGUUCUUGAGCAAAUUUUGGAGUAUGAGCUGCUGCUGAUCCGACAACUCAACUUUCAUCUGGUGGUCCACAACCCCUACAGACCAAUGGAGGGGCUGCUCAUUGACCUCAAGACAAGAUACCCCACGCUUGAGAACCCAGAGUCACUGAGAAAGAGUGCUGAUGACUUUCUGACUCAGGCAACAAUAACAGAUGCAGGACUGCUGUUUCCCCCCUCUCAGAUUGCUUUGACAGCUAUCCUGAACAGCUCUUCAAGAGCCGGUCUGAGAAUGGAGAGCUACCUGACAGAGUGUGUCGGACUGAAGGGGGACAAAGAAACUCUCUCAAAGAUGUACGACUCCAUGAAACGGAUGAAACACAUCCUGAACAGGUAUGAACUUCCAAAAUCGGAGGAGGUGAAUGUUUACAAACAGAAGCUGGAGAGGAUUCAUGCUGAAUUCAGUUCAAGCAACAAACGAAAGCGAGGAUAUGAAGAAGACGGUCAUGUAUCAAAAGAACCACGGUUGGAAGAAGAGGAAUGGACUGAUGAAGACCUGGUUUGAGCGCUUGCCAUCAAAAUGUUUAUGUGACUUAAUUCCAGUGUUGAACCAAGAAGAGUUCUCCUUCUAUUUACUUUUCCCACAGAUUAUUUUUGGACACUUAUUUGUGACGCCUUUGUUCUGCAAGAAUAAAGAUAUUUUUUUCUACA